AUGGCUGCUGUGACUUUACGUUGCGACUGCAACCUGCCUGGGAGAACUUUCGGCGAUGGCCGAAGAAGAGCCUACUUUGGAAGAGGUGGACCGCCUACCCGUGAGCGAGUCCGGGUGGACAUUGAGCCACUUUUGUUUCGGAGUGACUUUGAGCGAGCUGGUGUAGAGCUCGAGCGGCCCCCACGGCCGGACUUUGCGGCAGAGUGGAGAGCUUUUCUCACAGUUUGCCGUUGGAUCCUCAAAGCACUUUUGGGAACAGUGUCAGCAGCAACUUUGGUGUUGCAGUUUGAGUACUUUAUCCUGCGAGCGGCCUUGGCAUGGCUUCGGAGCUGCCACAAACAUGCCCGACUUCACUACGUUCGGGUACUGGGCAACUUUGCAGAUGAUGCUGGAGGUACUUUUCUCUGGCAGACAGACCGAACAACUUUGGCGGCCGGGGACAACUUUCCCACGCAACAUGGCGCUGGCUAUGAGCACUUUGUUCCCAGGCCGGGCUCCUGUGAAUCAAUCCUGGACUUUGCCAGAACUGUUUACGGUGGCCCGCAGCGAACUUUGUUGGGUUUAUCAGAUCCAGCCAGGCACCACUUUGCAAGGAGAUCCUGCAUCGUGGGCACCUUUCAUGCUGUAUCUGACUUUACCGCUGCGUACUUUUCAUGGUGCGAUGACCAACGCACAGCGGACGAGCUACUUUAUACAGUUCGUCACGACGAUGUUGCUGGUACUUUGGAUGGGUGUCUCAACUUAUCACUUUCGCCUCGGUCUGCGUACCUUUUCUACACUUUUCAGCUCAGCAUCAUGCAGCAGAAGGGUGUACUUUACCACUUUGCCGCAGAUGCUGAGAUCUGCACUUUGGGCUUUAGACCCACUCAGCAGUGGCGGGCACUUUACUUUGGCUCUGGACGUGCCAGGAUGUGGAAUCGACGUUAUGUCGACUUUCUGAUAAGGACGGCAACUUUGGAGGUGCUGAUGGAUCCAUCGUGGCAAACUUUUCUGUUGAUUCGGCACUUUCAGCUGCCGUACCAACUUGUGUCGGACUUGAACCGAUACUUUGCCGAUCCGCAGUGCCGCCACUUUCGGUUGAUGCACUUGCCCGUUCUGCCGCUGGUUUAUGAACUGUCGUAUGAUCAACCAGAAGGCUGGGUCCCACUUUCGGGUGCAACGCCGUCGACUUUGACUCGACCAGCGCGGCUUUGA